CUGGAAAGGUCAUAGGAGGGUACUUCCACUACCUGCAAAGGUCAUCCUAUCCCUACCCUUGUCUUGCUGGAGAAGUGUCCAUUAGUCUGGAAAACUCCAUAUGCCGCCUGGCUGUCGCCAUAGACCUCCAGUAUUGUUGAGUGGCUGGUGUAAUAAUGGAAAACUCGGAACCAUCAAAAUCUAAUAGUGCUCUGGCCGCAAUCAACAGCUUGUUUUCCUUUACGACUCCUGCUGUUAAAAAACUAUUGGGAUGGAAACAAGGUGAUGAAGAAGAAAAAUGGGCCGAGAGAGCUGUUGAUGCUCUAGUUAAAAAACUGAAAAAAAAGAAAGGAGCAUUAGAUGAACUUGAAAAGGCAUUGAGUUGUCCUGGACAGCCCAGUAAUUGUGUGACCAUACCUAGGAGCCUUGAUGGUAGACUUCAGGUUUCCCAUAGAAAGGGUUUGCCGCACGUCAUAUAUUGCAGGGUUUGGCGAUGGCCCGAUCUCCAAUCGCACCAUGAAUUGAAGCCAGUGGAACACUGCCAAUAUCCUUUUUCUUCAAAACAGAAGGAAGUUUGCAUUAACCCUUAUCAUUACAAAAGGGUAGAAAGCCCAGUUUUGCCACCAGUUCUCGUACCAAGGCAGUCGGAAUUUGCACCCGGUCAUUCAAUGUUGCUGCCAUAUCAAGUACCCGAGCCAGCAAUGCCCCAAAAUGUCAGCUACAGUAACAGUGGUUUCAUCGGGGGACCUCCUUCCCCAAUGAGCAGCAUAUCUAGUCCGGGAUCAUCUCCUCACAGUCCGUACUCUGAAGGCAUUCCAGAUUAUGCAAGCGGCCAGACAUUUUCCAAUGAUAAUCUUCGAAUGGGAAACGGUGAACCUAAUGCAAUGGAUACAACACCAGCUCCUGAAGCCUCUGCUGUUUCAUAUCAGGAACCACUUUUUUGGGCCAGUAUUGCCUAUUAUGAAUUAAACUGCCGGGUCGGUGAAGUAUUCCAUUGCCAGGCCCGCUCGGUAGUCGUUGAUGGAUUCACGAAUCCAAGUAGUAAUAUGAAUAAUAGGUUCUGCCUGGGCCAGGUGUCUAAUGUUAAUCGUAAUUCCACGAUCGAAAAUACAAGACGGCACAUUGGUAAAGGAGUACAUUUAUAUUAUGUUGGCGGUGAAGUGUAUGCGGAGUGCCUAUCAGAUGCCGCUAUAUUCGUUCAAUCAAGAAACGCCAACCACCACCACGGGUUCCAUCUAUCGACUGUCUGCAAAAUCCCAUCGGGGUGUUCCUUGAAAAUAUUCAAUAAUCAGGAAUUUGCACAGCUUCUUUCAGAGAGUGUCCGCCAUGGGUUUGAUGCAGUAUAUGAACUUACAAAAAUGUGUACCAUUAGGAUGUCCUUUGUAAAGGGGUGGGGAGCAGAGUAUCAUCGACAGGACGUGACAUCGACUCCCUGCUGGAUAGAAGUACAUCUUCAUGGGCCGCUGCAAUGGCUGGAUAAAGUUUUGACUCAAAUGGGGUCUCCACAUAACCCAAUAUCAUCUGUGUCAUGACUUAAAAUUUUUAAUAUAUGUAAAUAAUUUUAUUUAACUAGAUAUAUGACAUAUUUUAGCCUACAGAUAUUAUUUAUUUUCAAGUAUCAGUUACAAUAUAUGUAUAUAUAAUUGAUUUUAUAAUUAAAAUGUCUAAACCUA